AUGCGCCUUCAAGUCUCGAUCCACCGGCACAUGCUGCCCGACGUCAACAUAAUUUUUGCAACCGGCACCGGCCCCGCCUCACACACGACCUCUAAUUCCGCUACCAUCUUCAACCUCCUGGAAGAUCUCAACAACCUCGUACCGCUCGAGUCGCCCGAGAAGUGGGGCUUGGAAGACUACGUCGUCGAAGUCGCCGCUCGAAGCGAGCAACAAUCUGCCUACGAAUGCCUGCACUAUCUACCUAUCAGUAGUGUGCUGAGAGAGGACGAUGAGGUGAUAGUGAGACCGCUGCUGAGCGAUGAUCUCAGGGCAUGGAGGAGAGGUGGUCGCAUGCAGAUCACGGAGGAUGGCAGACAUCUGAUCGAUGGAGUCGUGUUCAGCAAACCGUGGGUCCGUCAAGGGCGACCAGACUUUGAUAUCCCACCACGGAAGAGGCAGAAGACGCUGGAGGACGAUCAGAACUCCGAGAAAGAGAAUGUAGAGCCUCAGGAACUAGGGUUUCCUGCGCUUAUGGCUCCACAAGAUGACGAGGACGAUGACGACGAUGAAGACUACAUAAGCGAAAACGAUGCGGAUGAGCAGGCGGUCGUGACACACGGCGUGUUUGAGGAUGCAGAUGCUUCAGAAGACGAGGAUGAUGGCGACGACGUCGACCUCGGAAGUGAAGAAAUGCAACUGCUACUGGAAGACGCCGAGAAGCUGGACGACGCUGAAGAUGCUGAGGACCUGUUGGAGACUCGGCUCAAUACACGCUCCAAGCUCGGAAAGCGCAAACGCCAUCAUGCCGACGACGAGGACGAGAUACAAGGCUCUCAAGAGCCAGUUUUUGAGGGCUUUACGUCGCCGGUCCGUACAAGAGUGCUCCAGGAUGUCAGUAACAAGUUCGUCGGCUCCGAUGAUGAUGAGGAAGCAUCUGAUUCAGACAGUAUGAUGGAAGAGAUCUCUACCACGCAGGCGAAGAAGAAAGCGGCCAAUCAAGUUGGCAGCGACGAAGACGAAACUCCUGACGACGAGGACUAUUCUAACCAAAGCUCAUCAUCAGUCUCAGUGGCAGACGAAACUGAGGGUGAAGCAGCAAAGGGUAAGUCUCUGAAGAAAAUGGCCCAGGGUAAGCCUUCUCAAGCGUCUUACGAAGACGCCUCCAGCGAUGAAAGCUCUCAGUCCGAUGAUGCUUCAUCCAGUUCAGAUAGCAGUGAUACCGAAUCUAACUCAGACUCGUCUUCCGGGUCUAGCAGCGACUCAGAGUCAAUCACCAGCCCUGUCUCCGAGGCUGAGUCCGAGAGAAGCCAGAACCCAGAGGCCAGAGGCCAAGUCACCACACCUCAGCACGGUCCAACGAUAGCCUCUAAAGCGGCAAGCAGCGGACGGUCCGCCACAGAGAAACGCUCAAAGACUGUCGAAACUCCACCUGGGAAAGGCUCGCAUCGUACACACCAUAAUAACAACCGCGUCAAACGGCGUAAACGUUUGGAGGCGCUGAAAAGAAGUGGUGAACUUCCGCAAGAUGCCAACUUUGCUGAUCUCGACGAGUAUGAUGGAUCCUAUCGUGAUGAAGACUCGACGCUUAUCGAGGCUGGAGAAAACUUGGAAGCUGCUCGUCGAAAGGCUCUAGCCCAAUUUCAGACCGCGAACGAUCACCAGGCUAAAUUGGACGAUACCAUUGCCACUUCGGUCGAGGUCCCUGAAGAAGAUGAGCAGAGAUCUCCAAUUGUGCCCGAGACGCAGGAGGGCCGCGAUCGAGGACAUGAGUUAGAUGCAAUUCACUUACCUCAGAUCCCAGCUGAACUAACAGAGCAGAUGUUGCAGCUCGAAGAUCCCGAGAGAGCCCGACUGUGGUUACGAAGCUGCUUUGCAGAAUCGCCUGAGAGUAGUGUCUCUCAAAAUGCAAUGUACGUUGCGUACUACGCGUGUUUCGGCAAGCAUGGGGCUCUGUUGGGGUCAGAAUUUCUCCCAUGCAUCCUAGAAGUCUUCAGUGGGGCGACUGUGGAAGAUCCAUUCGAUCCGUACACCUCCAUCAAAGGCAUCAGCCCCAGAGAUACGGUGGAUGAUCUCCAAGACUCUUCAUUUACGGACAAGCAACCCCAGCAGGCAUCGACCAUCAAUCAGACGCUGUCUGAGACUGUUGCCGCGACCUCUAGCAAGUCAGCGACUUCGAAAAGCGAUGGAGCUGCUUCUGCGUCAGUUGAACCAUCUCCAAAACGAGCUCAGUUAGAUGUCUCUGCAUCACGACGUCUAAUUUUCGGCGCGCUGGGCUCACGUAACCCGAAGACACCGGCUCAAGAGAAAGCUGUGCGCGAAAAGCUAUCUGGAAAUGUCAGAAAACCAUUGCAGAAACCAGAUUCGGCAACAGUGAUCGUACAGCCCACGACGGAGGAUGACUCUGACGACGGAAGCUGGAAACGCAAGUUGCUAAUCACCGCCGUUGAAUGUGAGAAAGAAGGGGUCGUGUAUCCUCCUCCUCCUUUCCCUUUCGUGCAGCAUUGGCACAAGAAUGGCAAAGCCAGCCGUCAGCCCGUUGAGUCCGAUCGGCCCUCAACUCCUAGCCGUGGCGCAUCAUCCUCGAACAGCAACCUAGAAGAGGUCAAGCCAGUUGGUCCUGAAGCCCAAGAAGCAGAAUCCGUUGUUUCCAACGUCGAGUCUCGCACCGUCUCCUUCGAGAAGGACGAGCAGGAUGCGAUGCCCAUACCAUCAGAUUUCGGGGCCCUGGUGGAUCUCGACAGAUCACACCUACUUCCUGGCACCAUUAUCGGCUUCAAACAGUUGGAAAUCGACAUGGGAUCGUUCACGCCGCAUGAAUCGACUUACAAAGUUGCAAAGGUUGAUAGGGUUGAGGAUGACACCAUCGCGAUGGUUCUAGCCACGAAGUACAGGAUCCAGACUGCGGGCUCGGAGGACGACUCUGCGGAAGGAGAGAAGACUUACAACAAUUUUGUUAUCCGCGAGGAUGGCGAGGAAGAUGACGGUUUCCGCGAGCUGGACUAUUCUGCCUUCAUUGAACCUAAGCUCAUUGAGGCAUCGCGAGUUCAGGUACCCGCUAGCGCAGCCGGGAAGGGGGAUAAUUCCACCGCCGAAGCCCCACAGACGCAGGAAGAUACGUUUGCGGUCUCGGAGAGCGUGCCCAAAGCCGCAGAUCCGACUGCGCCUGUAUCAAGGGUAAGCAGUCAGGUGGAGAUUGAUACUCCUCGACGUGCCGAGAUCUCAGCUGUCAUCAAAGAUGCAGGCUUCAACUCUAGUGUGCAGAAGCUUAAGCUAGAUCCGGCCCUUGAUAGCCAGACCAGAACCUCAUCUCAACAAGUCUUCAACAGCGAUCAGCCGUCUCAAUGGCCGGCUCAUCAAGAUCAGUCGGCUGCAGAAAUCGCAGAGACAUCGGGCAUCUUGCCAGAACCUCGAAGCUCGAGUCCCUUCUUCCCCCGUGAAGAAGAAACGAACAUCCGUGAGCGCGCCGGCAAGAGUCAAUUGACGAGCCAGGCACCACCAGCCACGUCCUCUCCUCCGCUUAGUCCUCGGCUCACGGUCGAGUAUCCGGAUAUCCAUAUGGACCUUGACUCGGACCUCCCUGAGCAAAACGUUAGUCGCAAUAGCAGCUCGCAUCAAGAUGCUCAGCGUCUUUCGCCACCUCCUGGGGCUGACACUACUAUCCUUGCCUCCGAACAGCGCCGACAAAUUGAAACAAUCAUUGAGAAUUCUGCUGAUAUCAUGGGGUCAGACUUGCCAAAGCCAGAGACCGAAGACGUUGACGAUGGCAAAGUCAUCUCCGAUCAUGAUAGCGAUGGCGAGCCACUGCCCAAAAAGAACACUCUUUUCAGCCGUCUUGGACUUGGUCUCGAUGGCAACGAAUCUUCGUAUCAUGAAAGUGACGACGAGGAUUCAUCUGACAGCGAAGAUGAUAUCCCAUCUCUCCGCGAUUUAACCUCGAGCCAGAAGCGGAAGAUUAUGACGAGAGCCUCGAGGACGACCAAAGCCAAGUCGACGAGGUCCAGCUCGCCUCGUGCUAAGGAGCAGAGAAAUCUCCGUAGUGCCAGCGCAGCGAAGCAUAGGACCGGAGUCGACCACGAUGAGAAAAUGGACGAACCUCUUCUGCCACAGAUCAAGGUCUCAGCAAGCCAAAGAGAGGCAGAAAAUGGUUCGUUUAGCCAGAUUCCAGCAGGGACUCAGGUCGUGGACCUAACACAGUCUAGCGAUCCAGUAAGCCCAGGAAACAGCGAUGGCGAGCUUGAGCUUCGAGCGAGCAAGAACAGAACGAAACGUAACGGUAUCACUAGUCGAGGCAGAAACACACGAUCGGUGACGACGGGGACCAGCAGCCUCGAUAUCGGUCUUGGUCAACGUAGAUUCUUGACGACCAAGAAAACGCGGAACUACGUAUGA